CCUGAAUGACUGACUAACACCAAUCCUCUAAUUUACGGAGAAACUGAAUAGAUUAUGAUCGGGGAAGAGUAAAGGGACAAAAACGGUUAGCUCCCGAGGAUGGAUUGAAACAUGAAAAACCAGCAUAUUCCAAUUAAAAAGUAGAAGAACACUAAACUUUUUCUACUUCGUACAUUAUUAUCUCUACAUCUAUUCAAAAAAUUUUGUCCCAACAUUUAAUGAUACUUUAGUUAACGUAAUUACUACGAAGCGAAUAAUUUACAACUACUGAUUUUAUUAUGAUCAUUAUGCUUCAGAAUCCCAACUGAGAAAGCCAUUCAAUGAACUGACCUUCAAAAUGGAUGAUGUUAAUAAUAGUUCAUAAAUGUGUUGAUAAUAAUCGACUGUUUCAAUGUUUGGGCAUUUCUUUCCGGAUUUUCAUACUUAUGAUUAGUAAAUCUGAAUGUAAUUUACCCUAAACAACAAAUACAACCUAAAUAAUGUGAUAAGUUCAUUAUAGAUUUUUCGUCAAAUGUAUGAUCAACCAACCUAUGGAUCCAAAAAAAUACUGAUCAGAAAACUUUAUGUAGUAUGCAUAAAAUGAAUCACCAUUCAUCGUUAUUAAAUAUAAACAACCGGAAUUAUUCAACCGAUUGCAAAAAUGAACAAAGUUCAAUGUUUCAACUUAAUACAUUGAAGUUUAAUGACACUGAAACGAUAAUGAUUCGACCAAAAAGUGAUGGCGAUAAUAAUGUAAAUGAUUCUAAGCCAGAAACUAAAUAUUGCUCUUCUUAUGAACAUUCUUUGAAUAGUAUAAAACAGCCAUCAAGAAAUUUUGACCAAAAUAAUGAGAUUUCUAAUUUCCGUUCACCAAUUUUCGAAAUUGGGAUUAACAGUUGUGGGAUACCUGAUCCAUUUAUAUCAUCCAAUUUAAAAUACAACAAUAAUGACAACAAUCCACCUGGUAAAUCAUCAGACUUAAAUUUGUUUAUAAGUGACCAUCAAAAUCAGUGCCAGUGUGAUAUGUCAUCUUCUGAAUGGGAUAAAUGGUCAUCUAUAUCUUCAAUCAAUAGUCAUCAUGCCAAUUCAGAUUGUACCAUAACAACAACAAAAACUGUCCAGCCAUUAGGAAAGUCAGACGCUUUGUCUGAAUUUGUAGAUAUGUUUAAAGAAAAAAGAAUACAACUUGGCAUAACACAAGCUGAAGUAGGACGUGCAUUGGGCGCACUAAAUUUAAGUGGUUUCGGUUGUUUAUCACAGUCGACAAUAUGUCGGUUUGAAUCCUUAUCAUUAUCACAUAAAAACAUGCUUGCAUUAAAACCUGUUUUAGAAAUUUGGUUACAACAAAUGGAGGGUGGUUUAUGGGUAAAUCAAGAACAUCACCUACAAGAAUCACGUAACUGUUUUAAUCGUACACCUACGAUUCCACAGACUCAUUCAGGAAUUCCUCAAACUCUUCAACUACCUCUCCAGUUUUCUCACCAUUUACUCCAUCAAAAGAUUCUGUAGAGAAUCAACGUCGUAAACGUACAUGUAUCAUGGGUAGAGAAAAAUAUAUUCUUGAAUCGUUUUUUAACGCAACAAACUGUAGACCAACCUCGGAUCAAAUGAAUCAAUUAGCUUUGCGAUUAAAUAUGCCAAAAAACGUAAUACGUGUAUGGUUUUGCAACCAGCGUCAAAAACAUAAGCGUCUUUCCAAAUUAUUACCAAAUUCUUUACCUGAAGGGAAAUAGUUCUCAUCAUCAUAAAUGGUUAUCAGUGUUCAGCAGCUUUCCAUAUAUACUAUUUAACAAAUACGUUUAUAUUUUUCGUCUACAAAAUGUUAGCUACUUAUCAGUAAUUUAGACCUAUCACAUAAACUUUUGGAUAUUUAAUAAUUAUCAUAAUUCUAACCACUUCAACUAACGUUUUUUUUCCACAAGGAAACGUGAUAACUGUUAAGUAUAUCAUUUAGCUAUUAAGAUUUUUCAGUCACAGUUGUUAUUUGCACGGAGUAAGGUAAUAAAUAUCUACUCC